GUUGGUUCGCCUGAGCAGCUAGCUGCUAGCCUGCUAGCUGGAUACGCAGUAGCAGUGUGUCGUCGGGCAGCUAAUAAAAUAGGACCAAUGCCUUAAAAACGGAUUCUCCUCGGCCCCUCUGAUAAUGUGAAUGUUUCCCUGACUCCCCUCUUCAGCCCGAGAGCUUCUGGACUCUGAUGUUCGCUCCACAUUCUUUAUUAUUUCUCAUUUUCCGUGUGUUAGCAGGCUAGCCUGCUAGCACCGCCUGUGAUGGCAGCGCCGGAGAGCCAGCCUAGACUCUGCAUGGCGACCGACUGGCAGCAGUGGGAGUGAGCAGCUGAUUGGCCGAGGCCCCGGUAGCGUCAUGGCGUCCCGUCAGAGGAACUCGGUCCGGAUCCUGUCCAGCAGGGAGCGGGGUUCCCAGACCUUCGGCUCCCAGCGGCUCCUGCAGCUCCUGGUGGAGGAGAAGGUCCGAUGGAUGAAGUGGCAGAGUCAGAAGGUGGAGCUACCGGACAGCCCUCGCUCUACCUUCCUGCUGGCGUUCAGCCCCGACAGGACUCUGAUGGCGUCCACUCACGUCAACCACAACAUUUACAUAACGGAGGUGAAGACUGGAAAGUGCCUACAUUCCUUAGUGGGUCACCGUAGGACCCCCUGGUGCGUGACCUUUCACCCCACCAUCCCCGGCCUGGUGGCGUCCGGCUGCCUCGACGGCGAAGUCCGAAUCUGGGACCUUCACGGCGGCAGUGAGAGCUGGUUCACUGAGAGCAACGUUGCCAUCGCGUCUCUCGCUUUCCAUCCGACCGCUCAGCUUCUGCUCAUCGCCACCAACAACGAGCUCCACUUCUGGGACUGGAGUCGCCCGGAGCCGUUCGCUGUGGUCAAGACCGGCAGCGACACGGAGCGAGUGCGGUUGGUGAGGUUCGAUCCUCUGGGUCAUAACCUGCUCACAGCCAUCGUGAAUCCAUCCAAUCAGACGAGUGAGGAGGACUCGGAGGUCCCCAUGGACAGUGUUGAGAUGUCUCAUUUCCGCCAGCGCUCCUUCCUCCCCUCCCAGCCGGUGCGUCGUACUCCCAUCCUCCACAACUUCCUCCACAUCUUGUCGUCCCGGUCUCCGGGGGCUCAGGGGGGGGGCGAGCCUCCGCGUCCCCUGGGUGAGGGUGGAGGAGGUCUGGGCGACCCCCCCGGCGCCGCUCUGGCCCAGUACCCGGGCUCGGAGCGGGGGCCUCCCUUCCCCGGCUGCACCCAGCACCUGGGCAUGGUCUGCCUGUGCAGCCGCUGCUCCGUGGGCCGUGGCCCCCCCCUGGCCGCCGACGGCUCCUCUGCUCCUCAGCCGGACUCCAGGGGGGGGCCGGACGCUCCCCAGCCCCCCCCGGCCUCCACCUUCUCCUCGGCCCGGACCGAGCCCAGGCAGCCCUCGGAGCGAGCCUCCGCCUUCACCUCCGUCUACUACAGCGCCGGAGCUUCUCUCAACCCCAGCGAGCCCCACCCCCACCCCCACCCCCACCCCCCCUCCAGGCCGGGCCACGACUGGACCCGCAACCUGCUCAGCAUGAGGGACGGGGGUGUGGGCGCAGGCAUGCUGCCCCCCAGGACCUCCUCCUCCUCCUCCAUCAGCCUCCUGUCAGUGCUCCGGCAGCAGGACAGCUCCUCCCCCGUCUACACCUCCGCCUCUGAAGGGCGGGGCUUCCCCCCCCCAGGAGAGCCCGGCUCCCGGGACUCCUCAGGUACGAGCAGCGGCCACCACCCGUUCUGGGACGGCUCCCGCGGCAACACCGCCUCCUUCCGCAACGUGCUGCAGUGCAACCUGAGCCGCUACUUCAUGGAGUUCGACCGCAUGCAGGACCUGGAGCCUCCACUGGGGGGCGCCAUGGCCGACGCAGGCCAGGAGCAGAGCCAGGAGCUGCUGAACAACAACAUGGACCCCGACAGAGCCGGGCCGUCCUCCUCCUCCUCCACCUCCUCCCCUACCAUCAUCCACUACCAGCCCCCUCUCCCCCCUCCUCCCUCCUCCCACAGCCUGGAGAACAACGUCCCUCCCCCGGCCUCCCGCGGACACCUGAACCGCUGCAGGGCCUGCCACAACCUGCUCACCUUCAACCACGACUCCCAGCGCUGGGAGCGCACCAACCAGGCCUCCUCCACCUCCGCCUCCACCCUGGAGCCCUCCUCCUCCUCCUCCGCCUCCUUCCCCUCCCCUGCUCCUCCCUGGCAGCCUGAGGAGGGCAGGAGGACAGUGGAGGGCCAGACCCCGGAGAGGAGGGUUCCUCUGGAGCCCAGCGAGCAGCCGGCCUCCUCUGCGGGAGGAGCAGGAGGAGCGGGAGGAGCAGGAGGAGCCGUCUCCUUCCCUCUGGCGGCCUCCUCCAGCCAGCAGGGGGAGCAGCCCGUGGGUCUGGUCUACAACCAGGACACGGCCCAGUGGGAGCGGGUUUAUCGGCAGGCGGCUGCUGGACGAGCUGCAGAGCCACCGGAGGCCUUAAGCCAAGAAAUGCCUGUGGACCCCCCCGACGAGGACUCCCUGAGGAGGCGACUGUUGGAAUCAUCUCUGCUGUCGUUGUCGCGCUACGACAUGUCAGGAUCCCGAGACCAUCCCAUUUACCCCGACCCAGCCAGACUGUCUCCAGCAGCGUACUACGCUCAGAGGAUGAUCCAGUACCUGUCCAGGCGGGACAGCAUCCGCCAGCGUUCUCUCCGGUACCAGCAGAACCGUCUCCGGGCCAUGUCCUCGUCCUCGUCCGAUAGUCCGGCCACUAACCCGUCCAGCUCCAUGGACAGCAGCGACGUGGACUUCGAGGAGCUGGAUGAUAACGGAGACAGAGCGAGACACAGGACGCCACGAAACGCCCGGAUGUCGGCCCCGUCGCUGGGCCGCUUCGUUCCUCGGCGCUUCCUGCUGCCUGAGUACCUGCCCUACGCUGGAAUCUUCCACGAGCGAGGGCAGCCCGGCCUGGCCACGCACUCCUCCGUCAACAGGGUCCUGGCUGGGGCGUCCAUCGGGGACGGACAGUCUGCAGUCGCCAGCAACAUCGCCAACACCACCUACCGCCUGCAGUGGUGGGACUUCACCAAGUUUGAUCUCCCUGAGAUCAGCAACGCCUCGGUCAACGUUCUGGUGCCAAACUGUAAAAUCUACAACGACGCCAGCUGUGACAUCUCGGCCGACGGGCAGCUGUUGGCCGUGUUCAUCCCCAGCAGCCAGAGGGGCUUCCCAGACGAGGGCAUCCUGGCCAUCUACUCCCUGGCUCCUCACAACCUGGGGGAGAUGCUCUACACCAAGAGAUUCGGUCCAAACGCCAUCUCCGUCAGCCUGUCUCCGAUGGGAUGCUACGUCAUGGUCGGCCUGGCCUCUCGCAGGAUCCUGCUGCACCCGACCACCGACCACAUGGUGGCGCAAGUCUUCCGUCUGCAGCAGCCGCAUGGAGGAGAGACCUCCAUCAGGAUGGUGUUUAACGUCGUUUACCCGAUGGCUCCAGACCAGCGGCGCCACGUCAGCAUCAACUCCGCCCGCUGGCUCCCGGACCCGGGAAUGGGUCUGGCUUACGGAACCAACAAGGGAGACCUGGUGAUCUGCCGGCCUGUGUUCUAUCGGAGCGACGGCGACAGCCCCGGAGAGUCCAGCAGCGAGCCCCUGUUCUCCGUCAACAACAGCGGAACCGGCCGGACCCGAGGUUCUGACAGACCCGGGCCGAGUCGCUCCGGCUGGCGCCUGGACCGGGACAUGGGUCUGAUGAACGCCAUCGGCCUCCAGCCUCGACAUCCCGCCCCCUCAGUCACGUCUCAGGGAACACAGACGCCCAUCGUCCAGCUCCAGAACGCUGAGACCCAAACGGAGCGGGACCUGUCCGAGUCCGGCACCGCCCAGCCGCCCCCCGAUGUCCCCCCUGAGACUCCAUCCACCAGCCGAGACACUCGGGGACAACAGGAGACGUCUCAGGACAGCGGAGCUCAGGACGGGGUCCAGACUGAAGCUUCAGCCGAGGCCAACGCCUCCACGGCUGCAGCUGGAGAGUCUCAGGACUUCAGUUCUGGGGAGGACGCUCUGGCCCGGAUCCGGCGCCUGAUAGCCGAGGGGGGGAUGACGGCGGUGGUCCAGAGGGAGCAGAGCACCACCAUGGCGUCCAUGGGGGGGUUCGGGAACAACAUCAUCGUCAGCCACCGGAUCCACCGAGGCUCCCAGACCCCCGGCCCCGGGGCCUCCAGACCGGCUACUGACCCCCCCACCUCAGGCCCCCUCCUCCUCCCCCAGACCUACCCCCCUCCUCCUCCGCCUCCCCCUCCUCCCCAGGCUGCUGACCCGUCUGAACAGCUGCCCCCCCUGUGGGGCCCCCGGCCCCCCGGCCUGUCUCUGGCCGUGGACAUGGACGAUGUGUUUGACGGGGCCCGGACGGACGAGGACUCCAUGCCGGGCCCCUCCUCCUCGUCCUCCUCCUCCUCCCACAGCCCUCUCCCUGGGGGGGGAGGCGGUUACCGCGGCGACCCCUACAGCAGGUAGUCUCCUAUUGGCCGAGCCUUAUCUCAGCAGCCUCUCCUCGACCCGACCCGACUCUGGGGGGGGGCACAGGCACUUUCUCUGCACUUCUACACCUGGAGCUGAACUGCCACCAUUCCUCAUGGGCGGAGCCUGAAAGUGCCAUGUCCCGGGGGGCGGGGCAUCUCUCUGUUUUCCUCCCAUGUGCUGCAUCCGGUGCCAUGUGAUGUUGAACUGUGACUCGUGGUUGAAGUGUUUCACUUGUUUCUACGUGUGAAUCAAACAAACUGCUGCAUGACUUCAGUUCCUCUCUGGGAGGGGGGAGGACGGGGAGGAGGGGGGCUAUUAUCAUGGCCUACUGCCCCCCCCCCCCCCCCCCCCACCGUCACCCUUCUAAAUAAAAAUUACCCAACCAGUUGCACGACUGUGGGUUUGGUGCAGACUUCAGAUUGAUUCUCUGGAUGUGCAGGUGCAUGCUGGGAGACGGAGGCGGAGGCUGAGCUGGAGGGCAGGUGCAUGCUGGGAGACGGAGGCUGAGCGACAGGAUGAAGUUACUUUAAACACUGAAAUGAUCAUGGUCUCUCCUCAGUGGUUCAGAGAUUAAACAGUGUCAGAAACGCUUUUUUAUUUUGUCACAUUUCAUUUGAUGAGCUGCUACGUGAAGAGCCUCAGAACCACGGACGCUUCUUUUCUACUCAUGUUCGUUUCUGCAGCUCGAACGAGACGAAAAUAAGUUUAACGAGUUUUAAGGAUGAACAUGAAGAGGUCUUUAUCAUGGGGGGGGGCAGUGUUUCAGAAACCUGGAUUUGAUGUUUACAUACAAGUGGGUGGGGGGGGGGUCUCUGGUGGAGACCAAAACCUGAGCAACUAACAGAGACUAAACAUGACGACGACGACGCAGCUUUAACUGAACUGAAACUCUGAAGGACCAAGACUGGAGCCCUGAGGAACCCCCCCCCCCCCCCCCCCCCCCCCCCCCCCGGUAUUAUCUAGACUCUAAAUGGAGCCGACGACCUUCGGGUUAAAGUUCUGCUCCUGUGGUGGAAGAGGUUUAAGAUUGGUGCUCUCCUUCCCCCCCACCCCCCCCAGAAGAAAACUUGAAUUUGUUGACGUGUCGUCCUGUACAGUCAUCGAUCCGGAUCCAGAAUCUGAUCCAGAUCCAGAAUCUGAUCCAGAUCCAGAUCCAGAUCCAGACUCAGCUGCACAGAGGUUCACCUCCAGUACUGUUUGAGUUGUUUAUGUGUUGGGGUUGAGGGGGGGUGGGGUGGGGGUGGUGGGGGGUGGGGGUGGGGGGGUGAAGGGGGUCUCGUUUCCACGGAAACCCGUGGAGCUGCAUGUAGAGAGGAAGACGAGCGCCUCCUGGCUUUACUUGAUGGGUGAACGUGUUUGUGAAUGAAUGAGAAGGUUUCGCCGUGUCGCUCCUUUCACUUUUAGACGUGAUGUAAUUAAAAAGCUUUGAGAGAUUUUUCUGUGA